CUUCUGUGCCCAAUCCCUCUAUUUCCCCUAGCUCCUGGACCCUCCUGGCUGUGACCUCCUAUCAUUAUUAUUAUUAUUUCCCAUGAAGCUGCUGCAGUGCUAAAGAUUUCCAACUUGGGCUCCUCCUCCUCUCCAGCAGCUCCCUCCCUGCUCCCCCACCCGAGCCCCAGACACACUGAGCCGGGGAUUGGAUGAGGUCGGCGCCCAGCUCCUUGCUGCAGAAGGAGAGUCUGCCCUUCUCCCUGUUACUCUCUGGGGACCUUGUGGAGUAGUGGGACGGCCACCAUGUUAAACUGCCAUGGGGAAUUUUCUAAGGGCAUCAACUGAGGACCCCCAACUGUCGGAUUACCCAGGAACUGACAUUAUGAAUGGAGUAGUCCUUGUCCUUUGAAUGCUUCCUUCGUGCCAGCUCUUUGAUUGUUUUCCGAGGGGAGGGCAGCUGCAGGAGAAGGAGUAACGGGGAGUGCUGGCCCAGGUGUAUGGCAUGGCGCAGAGCGGCUCCAGCUAAAGGUUCAGGAUCACUUUUGGAUGGAAGAAAAUGUUAUCUGUGGAUUACAGAGUCCAAAAGUCAAAGUGAAUCCUUUGUCUGAAAUUCCAGGUUCCUGUAAUAUGCUGCAAUGUGACAGGGCUUCCUGUUGUGCUACCUCAGGACAAAAUGUAAUGCACCCUCCCUGGUGAGAGACCAUCUUGGCCAAAGGGCCAUGGAGAAGCUGCUGUGCCUGCUUGUGAUGGGAGCCCUGGGGUAUGUAGAGGCCACACAGCACUGCCCUGGUCGAUGCCUCUGCCAGAGCAACUCCCCUACACUAACCAUGCUGUGUGCCAAAACAGGUCUCCUUUUUGUGCCACCAGCCAUUGAUCGUCGAACAGUAGAGCUACGUCUGACUGACAAUUUUAUUACCAUCAUCCGGCGAAAGGACUUUGCUAACAUGACCAAUCUUGUGCAUCUGACACUGUCACGAAAUACCAUUAGCCAGAUUGUGCCACUGGCAUUUUUUGACCUCCGUUCUUUAAGAGCUCUGCACAUGAACAGCAACCGGCUCUCUUUAUUGAGGCAUGAACACUUUCGGGGGCUGGGCAACCUGCGUCACCUCAUUCUUGGCAACAACCAGAUCAGUUUUAUACAACCUGGUGCUUUUGUUGAGUUUCUGUCUACUGUAGAAGACCUUGACUUGUCUUACAAUAAUUUAGAGGAAUUACCCUGGGAAGACAUUGGUCAAAUGGUCAAUCUUAACACUCUGACACUCGAUCACAACCUUAUUGACCAUAUUGCUGAGGGGACAUUUACCAUGCUUCAUAAACUGGUAAGACUGGAUAUGACCUCAAACCAAUUGCACAAGCUGCCACCUGACAACCUCUUCCUUAGGUCACAAGUGUUAGCCAAUGCUAGAGGCUCCAGCCCAUCCUCCUUGGCCAUAAGCUUUGGUGGGAAUCCUCUGCACUGUAACUGUGAACUUCUGUGGCUUCGACGACUGACAAGGGAGGACGAUCUAGAGACAUGUGCCUCUCCAGAGCAGCUGACAGACAAGUACUUCUGGUCUAUCCAAGAGGAGGAGUUUAUCUGUGAUCCACCUCUUAUAACACGACAUUAUGCCAGCAAACCCUUUGUCAUGGAAGGACAGUCAGUCAGUCUGAAGUGCAAGGCGGUAGGAGAUCCAGAGCCAUCAAUCCAUUGGAUUGCUCCUGAUGGCAAGCUGAUCCAUAAUACAACAAGGCUUGUGGCCCAUGACAAUGGAUCCUUGGACAUCAUGAUAACAACACUGAAAGACAGUGGUUCUUUUACUUGCAUUGCCUCCAAUGCAGCUGGAGAGGCUACUGCCCCAGUGGAAUUGGCAAUAGUACCCCUUCCACUUUUGGUUAACAAUACAGCGCACAUUAAAGAACAAGAUCCUGGUUCCUCAGAUAUUACAACUUCUACCAAACCUGGCUUCAAUGAUACGAAGAGCCACCAUGAUCGAAGAAUUGUGGUGGACAAGCUCAAAUCCACAUCUGUAGUAAUUCAGUGGCCAUCUGAGCGCCACAUACCUGGAAUACGUAUGUACCAGAUCCAGUAUAACAGUUCUCUGGAUGACUCUCUGGUGUAUAGGAUGAUCCCGCCGAGCAACAGAAGCUUUUUGGUGAAUGAUUUGGCACCUGGUAGAGAGUAUGAUCUCUGCGUACUGGCUGUGUAUGAUGACGGAAUGACCGCACUGACUGCAACUCGAGUGGUAGGCUGUGUCCAGUUUAGCACACGGGAUGAGAGUGGGCAGUGCCAGCCACUUCACACUCAGUUCCUUGGGGGCACUAUGAUUAUAAUUAUUGGAGGAAUCAUUGUGGCAUCGGUGCUUGUAUUUAUAAUCAUCCUUAUGAUAAGAUAUAAGGUAUACAGUGGUCAAGAAGAAGGAGGAAAAACCAGGGUUAGCAAUGUAUAUUCCCAGACAAAUGGCCAACAAGCUGUGGCUUCUGCUCUUUCUUGUGCCAAGUUGGGAGAAAAUAACUAUGAACCUUUACCACCACCUUGCAAGAAUCAUCCAGUGGAAAGCAAAGACCCUGGUAAAGAAGACCCCCAACUUUCACCUACUCCAAUUCCUUUGACUGAGUUGGACAAGAGGAGAACAAGGACAUCCAGUGAUCUCCAAACAGUGGCUCUCCUGUCGUCCCUUUCAGGGGAUGGAGAACAAACAGAAACCAGUGCACUUGGCUCAACAACCUCACUGUGUCUGAUAAGCACUGAUGGGCAAAAUCAGCAGGGGCCUAAAGCAAUUCCCAGGACUUAUCAGCAUAGAUUCUCCUUUGAUGGAGACUAUACCUUGUUUCAGAGCCACAGUUAUCCCCGCAGGGCACGGACAAAGAGACACAUGUCCACAUCUGAGCUGCAGAAUCAGGAGACUGCUCUUGGUCACAGGAGGGUCACAUUUAGCAGCACAGAGUGGAUGCUAGAAAGCACAGUUUAAGGACACUUUGGGGGCACAGAACCUCUAGGGUGCAGGUAACACAGAGGAACAUGUAAAGGGUCCAUCCAUCUUUAGAAUGAGUGUGCUGCAUCAUAGAUCUCUGCUGAGUGCUCUAUUACUUGUCCUCAAACAAGAACCAGACUAAAGAAGUAGCCAGCCCCUAUAUUAAAUCAACCAACCAUGCACUCCAUGACAUUCCAUGGCCUAUGUUUUGUUUAGUGUAAGGAAGCAGUGUUUAGAUUAGGCUAGAUACUGAUAUAAAAUGCAGCAAUCUCAUUCAGCAAGAGAGUGGUGAAGGUGUGAUCAUACAGCUAACCAUCGCAAACUUGCUGCUCCUGAGCCAGCAAAGCAAAAUGGGACCAAACACUACUGCUUUCUAACCCAGCAAUUGAAGCCAACAGCAUCAAAUGCUAAAAAUUAGAUUACUGCCCACCCACUCAACACUGCUGCUCAGUAACAAAGUUCACACGUCCUAAUUUUAUUUCUUAACACCUCUGUCUUCUGGUUUGAGAUAUAAAGGGCUGUUGCUCUGCUUAUGUUUUGAUGUUGUGGUGGAUACAUUUUGAGCCCUCAAAGCAGUGCCUUAAACCAAGAGAGAGGCCAGCACACAGGCUUUUGGGACCCAGGCCAGAAAAAGACAUCCUCUCAUUCCUAGUGGGUUCUGUGCCCGUUGGUGGAGGUGAGUGAUGGACAUUCUGGUUCAUCCAGGGGAAACAGGACAUAUGCACAAAUGACACGAUACCCAAAUGUACUGUACUAAACCUUCCUAUGAAAUUGAGAAAGUGAAAUCCCACAGGGAUGUAUCCACCAAGAUGGCAAGGAAUCCUGAUAACCUAUACCUUCUGUACAUCUAGCUGGUCUGGAUCCAUUUUGAGUCCAUGAAGUCAGAAGCCUCCCUGGGACUUGACGGGAAGGAAGAUUAUCUGAUUAAUACUUAACACAGGUUUUUACAUUAAAGAUCUGUGUCAGCCCCCUCAGAUACCACUGCAGAGGGAAACACUCCAGUUGGUAAGGGGGGAAUAAAAAUCCUAUCUGUGAUUCA